AUGGCUAGCCCACAGGUUCUUGUGUUCAAUGCUGAGGGCCGCCCUGUGAAGUCUGACACCUGGCUCGAUGACCUGCACCUCUACCUACAGCUCACAGCCAAGGAUGACAUCUCACUGUACGAUCACGCCCUAGGCAAUGUCACUGCCCCUGCUGCUACUGCUGGCAGCACUGCUCGCUCACAGUGGCAGACUCGCACUGUAACAGCUGUCGUUGCUCGUUACUCCUCACCUGCCUCUGCCGCACUAGGCCGUCUCUCCCUCCCCUACCUGUUUCCCGACCUGUCCUCCUUUCACACAGUCGCUGACCUCAUCACGCACCUCCGCACUAGUGAGGCCCGCUUCCGUGCCGCCAUGCCUGCUGAGUUCCUUACCACGCACCCCCCUCCACUCUGGCUCACUCUCUACCACCUAGUCACCCGCCUCCCUGACACUCUGUGUGCUGUCAGGGGCCACUUCCUAGCUCGGGUGUUCUCCUUCCCCCCCUUCUUCCCUGUGUUGCCUCUGCUGCUGCUGUCGACCUUCUCGGUGCUGAGAAGGUCGGCGCUGCGUCCGCCUCGAGCGGGCGCCACAGCGGCAAGGGCAAGGGGGGCAAGGGUGGUAGCGGUGACGGCGGGGGAGGCGGUGGUGGGGGCGGUGGAGGCAGUGGGGGUGGUGGCUCGGUUGGAGGGGCGAGUGGUAGCGGUGGGGGUGGUGGCGGCGGCGGCGGGGGAGGUGGCAGGAGUGGAGGCGGCGGUUGGGGUGGCCGUGGACGAGGCGGUGGCAGGGGUUGGGGUGGUCGAGGAGGUGGCAGCGGUGGUGGUGGCCGUGGAAGCACUGGCGGUGGCCAGGGCUAGCAGCACACUCCCUCGCCCCAGGAGGUCCGCCAGUGAGCUGCCCCGCUGGUUUGAUCUCCUGAAGAAGGGGAUUGAUAUCUAUGCUCUAGACUUUGAUGCUAUUCUAUCUGCCAUGUAUGUGAUGUCUACUAGUGGAGAGGGUGCCGAGUACUUGUGUGUGCCGCCCGACCCGGGCAUUAGGGCCAGUGCGUCUGCAGCUCCAGGUACUCGCGUGUCGGCUACCCCAGGUGCUGGUGAGGCUGCUGCUCUAGGUGCUCGUGUGUCUCCCCCCCUUGGUACUGUGUCGACUGCCGCACUACACACCUUCACACUGGACUCAGGUCUCCACCUCCCCUCGUUCUCUACGAACUUGGUGGCAGGAUGUGCUCUCCAGGACGGGGGUGUUCACCAGUUCACCCCUGCCUACGAGCGCGUGACCCACUGCACGUGUGCUCGUACGGGCCGUCACUUGGCUACCUUCACUCGGCAGCCGGGGCCGGACCUGUACACACUGACUACUGCCUCCCCUCAGUUCGCUGCGUCUGCGUCUGCGUUUGCGUCCGCGUCAGGUCAACUGUCUGCCCCCUGCUCGUGUCGCUCUCUAGCGCACGACACUGUCCUCUGGCACCACCGACUUGGCCACCCGUCUGUGCAGCGCCUUCGUGCCAUGCACUCCCGGUACCUUGUCUCUGGUCUUCCCAGGGUCCUCCCUCCCCUCCCACCCUUGCCUGCUCCUCCCUGCCUUCCCUGUGUCGAGGGGCGGCAGCGCGCCGCUCCUCACUCCUCCUCGUUUCCCCCGACGACUGCUCCUUUGCAGACGCUCCACAUGGACGUGUGGGCCCAGCCCGCGUCCGUGGUCAGGAGCCCGUCUCCAGCUCAGCGAGCGUUUUCCGCUCGGACUUUCCUGUCCUGCGCUUGCACUCUGACAGAGGAGGUGAGUUUCUCCUCCGACCUCUUGGCAGCCUUCUGUGCUGAGCACGGCAUUGAGCAGUCGUUCACGCUUCCGGCCUCUCCACAGCAGAAUGGGGUUGCGGAGCGCCGCAUUGGCCUGGUCAUGGAGGUCGCCCGUACCUCCUUGAUCCAUGCGGCUGCCCCCCACUUUCUGUGGCCGUUUGCGGUCCGGUACGCUGCGCACCAGCUCAACCUCUGGCCCUGUGUCUCCUUGCCGGAAACCUCGCCCACGCUGCUGUGGACGGGGGAGGUUGGCGAUGCGUCGCGUUUCCGGGUCUGUGGGUCUCGAGCUUUUGUCCGCGAUACGUCUGCGGACAAGCUCUCCUUCCGUGCUGUUCCCUGCGUCUUCCUCGGCUUUGUCCCGGACGCGUCCGGUUGGCAGUUUUACCACGCCACCCUCGCGCCGAGUCUUGCCCUCCCAGGACGUCACUUUUGA